CAAUCAUCCAGCAGCAAGGAUACCCAACUUUGUCUAAAAUCCCAACCUCUGCCAUGACUAAAUGAAUCACAAAAACACAAACACAAACACACUGUGUUGGUAAAGAAUGGCAAUCUGGGUGGUUGUGGUGUGGUUUGCAGCAUUGACUCAACUCUCAUCUUCUUCCAUCAUUACAUCGCCUGGUUUUCCAUCUCCAGCAAUCAAAUCGGUGAACCACUCCAAAUCCAAAUCCAAAGCCAAACUCUACGAAGAAAAGUUCUACACACAGAUACUGGAUCACUUCAACUACAAUCCACCGAGCUACCACACGUUCCAGCAGCGCUAUCUCAUCAAUCACAAACACUGGGGCGGCGCCGCCAACAACUCCCCCAUCUUCGUCUACACCGGCAACGAAGGCGACAUCGAAUGGUUCGCUCAGAACACCGGCUUCAUGUUCGAAACAGCCCCCCUUUUCAAUGCUCUUCUCGUCUUCAUCGAGCAUAGAUUCUACGGAAAAUCUAUACCUUUUGGCGGGAAUAAAACACUAGCGUAUUCGAAUUCGUCCACGCUGGGCUGGUUGAGCUCCACGCAGGCAUUGGCAGAUUAUGCGACUCUCGUGCUUGAUCUCAAGCACAAUUUGUCUGCGACCGAUUCCCCUGUUAUUGUCUUCGGAGGCUCCUAUGGUGGAAUGCUGGCGGCAUGGUUUAGAUUGAAGUAUCCUCAUGUAGCUAUUGGGGCAUUGUCCUCUUCUGCACCAAUCCUCAAUUUUGACAACAUCACUUCUCCCUUUAGUUUCAAUGAUAUCAUCACCAAAGAUUUCAGGAGUGAGAGUGAGAAUUGUUACAAAGUGAUCAAAAGAUCGUGGCAAGAAAUUGAUGACACGGCAGCAAAGCCUGGUGGAUUGGAAAUUCUCAGAAAGGCAUUCAGAAUAUGCAAGAAUUAUAUAAGUGCAGGGUAUCUUGAAGGUUGGCUUGGUACAGCAUUUACAUACACAGCAAUGACGGAUUAUCCAACUCCCACCAAUUUCCUUAACCCAUUGCCUGCCUAUCCUGUCAAACAGAUGUGCAAAGCAAUUGACGAUCCGAAAACUGGAAACAACACCUUCGAGAAAUUAUAUGGUGCGGCGAACAUCUACUACAACUAUAGUGGAGAUGCCACGUGUUUCGAUCUGGCUGAUGAUUCCGAUCCCCACGGCCUCGGUGGUUGGACAUGGCAGGCAUGUACUGAGAUGAUUCUACUAACAGACGGCAACACCGUAGAUAGCAUGUUCCCGCCGUCCAAUUACAGCUACAACGAUCGACUUCAAUUUUGCAAAGAUAGGUUCAACAUUGAGCCCAGGCCCACUUGGGCCCCCACAGAGUUUGGAGCCCGUCAUAUUCACAGGGUUCUGAAACGCUUUGGUAGCAACAUCAUCUUCUUUAAUGGGCUAAGGGAUCCAUGGAGUGGUGGAGGGGUGCUAAAAGAUAUUUCAAAGACUGUGGUUGCUAUUGUUGCUAAAAAAGGUGCGCACCACGUGGACCUUAGAUUCUCAACAAAUGAAGAUCCAAAAUGGCUCAAGGAAGUAAGGAAAAGAGAAGUCCACAUCAUAUCAAAAUGGCUCUCUCAGUAUUAUCAUGAUUUGGCUGAUUCUUCCAAUUAUUGAUUUGAAUUCUAUGUGUUUACUCACACACACAACACAAACACGUGAAUUUAUCAAAAUUCUCAUAUCCAAAAAGUGAUCAAUUUCUGAUGUUUACUGUUCAUGUAAUAAUUUUGUAUCUUAUAAUGGAGAUUUUGAUAAAAGAUUA